AUGGUUCCUUCAGAAUGGAAGCACGUCAUUGCUGAGGCCUUUGGCAAUCCUUCAAAACUGACCAUUCACGAGAUGAUGAUGGAAGACUUCAAGGACAUAGGAUCCAUCGAGUUGCUUUUGAAGACGCCGCCUCCUUUGAAAAUUAACGAUCGCCCGCGCUCGCACCCGCCAGUAGGAGCCGUCAGCGGCGCGCAGACGCUCCGCCUAAUUGGCCGACAGCACGCGUCACUAACCACCCCCGCCGCCGCCCCCAGGCGCGGCUCUGCGCCGACGUCUCUCUCUUCUCCGGCUGUGACGGCGGCGGCGGCGGCGGGGUGGCGCGUGCGUGUCGCCGCCUCUUCCCCCGGGUGUCAUUACUGUGCCUCCAGCAGCGUAAUCAAGCUGAUGUGGAUCGAAGCAAGCGAGCUGGAAGGGAGCAAAUGGAAUGGUGACGGCGUUCCGACGCGACGAACCGGCCGUCCUCCCCACGCGCCGGCCGGCCGCGAGGGCGCGCUGGUGGCGGCGUCGGCGUCGGCGUCGGCGUCGGCUGCUCAGGCGUCGCGGCGCGCCGUGCCUCCAGUCGGCCGAGCGUCGCGUCGCGAGCCGCAGCCGCCGCCGCCGCCGCAGCAGCAGCAGCAGCAGCAGCAGACACGGCAGCAGCCGCCGCACCGCCUGCCACCUCGCGGCGCCGCCGCCAACUAG